AUGCCACGUAAGCUACGUAAGAAUAUACGUAAGAGGAAGAGAGCAUUGAAACAUCCAAUAGUAAAACUGACACCACAACAACAGUUGCAACAACAAAUGAUGAAUGACCCCACUAUGUUGCAACAAAUGUCAAGCAACCCUAUGCUUUUAAACCGAGUUAUUGGUGCACAGAGUGGAGGUUUAAGAGCGGCACUUUUAGCGAAAAUGGCAGGCUAUGGUGGAGCUGCAGACGGAACAGCUUAUAACCCUCAAAGUCAAAUGAAUUUGAGUUCACUCAAAAAUCAAAUAACGGAUGUCAAAAAGUCAAACAUAGACAUACAGAAACAAAUAAGUGAAAACGAAAAGAAACUAGAAUAUGACAGACACACAAAGAAACUCAAUGAGUUAAACGUAGAGAAAAAGAAGAAAGAAGAACAACUGAAAGAACUAAGUACAGAGGAAUAUGCGAAAAAAGUGUCAGAAAAAGCAGCAGAAGUAGCAAAAAUGGAACAAGAUGUUAUAAAUUUGAAAAACCAUACUACUCAAUAUAAAGUACUGAAAGAUGAAGAGAUAAAACAAAAAGCCCUGAAGACAUAUAUGGAUAGCGAUGAGUAUAAAAAAGAAGUUGAAGCAAAUGUAAAGGCAGAAAAACUUUUACAGUUGCAAAACCAAACCGUACAGUAUGAAA